CUUGCAUGCAAGUAAGCUCCGGAGUGAGCGCUAUCUUUGGCCCUCAAGAUCCUCUAUUGGGUAGUCAUAUUCAGUCACUUUGCGACGCGUUAGAUAUACCUCACGUAGAGUGUCGACUUGACAUGGAACCAGAAAUAAAAGAAUUCUCUAUCAAUCUUCAUCCAAGCCCGAGAAUAUUAGGUAAUUCCAUCAGAGAUCUAAUAAGAUAUCUCAAUUGGACCAAAGUUGCAGUCAUCUACGAAGAAGACAUGUCAUUAAUCAGUCUUCAAGAAUUACUUCGUCCGCCUUUACCUCGUGAAUUACAAGUAAUAUUUCGUAAAAGCAACAAAGAAAUGUUUCGACAAGUCCUAAGAGAUAUUAAAAGUAGGGGAAUUUACAGCGUUAUAGUCGAUACGAAGCCGGACAGUCUGCCAGUUUUGCUUCAAGCUAGGAUAUCAAGUAUUCAGUCGAAGGCGAAAUGGAAAAUCAGAACGGUCUUGCCGCUGAAGGCGAGAGAACAGAUAGAGACAUGCAAGUAUUGGGAUCAUAGAUCAGCAAGAUUUCAUAUUUGA